CCACGAGAAGGUCCUUCUUUCACGUCGCUUGUCCAACACGCCGCUUCUUGGAGUAAUAGGUCAAAUCGCAACACAGGAGAGAUGUCCCGGUGUUUGACACUACUCAGGUUUGGUCUGCACAGUUGUGGAAAGGCUAGCCUUUUCUCGUGCAGCCGAAGCCGGAGUGUCACAGCAGCAUUCAGCGGAGUCAAUACAAGAACAAGGACGAAACAGUAUAGCACUAAACCUAGACUCUGGAGCCCAAGCCAUUUUGGUGUGAAGUUAACCUGCCGUUCCUAUAGCACUCAAACAGAAACUGCUGAAGAGGAGAUUCUCCACAGCAUUAUUAGUGACACAGAGAAUGUUCAAGGAUCCUACUCCAAGCAUGAGUUCCAGGCAGAAACAAAGAAGUUGCUGGACAUUGUGGCCAGAUCUUUGUACUCAGAGAAAGAGGUGUUCAUAAGGGAGCUCAUCUCGAAUGGUAGUGAUGCGCUAGAGAAGUUGCGACAUAAGCUUAUUACAGCAGGAGGAGAUUCUGAACCUCUGGAAAUCCAUCUUCAGACUGAUGCAGCUAGAGGCAUUCUAACUAUUCAGGACACUGGGAUUGGGAUGAGUCAAGGGGAACUGAUUACCAACCUUGGCACCAUUGCUUGCUCUGGCUCCAAGGCCUUUCUGGAGGCUCUUCAGAGCCAAGCCGAGGCCAAAAGCUCCAUCAUCGGGCAAUUUGGUGUCGGCUUUUACUCUGCCUUUAUGGUCGCGGACAAAGUAGACGUUUACUCUCAGAGUGCAGAGCCUGGUGUUCCCGGAUACAAGUGGUCCUCAGACGGCUCAGGAGUGUUCCAGAUUGCUGAGGCCAGUGGGGUGAGACAGGGCACUAAAAUUGUCUUGCACCUGAAGAAUGAAUGCAAGGAGUUUUCUUCUGAGGACUGUGUUAAAGAGGUUGUGAAGAAGUACAGCAACUUUGUCAGUUUCCCCAUUUACCUGAAUGGCCGACGACUGAACACACUGCAGGCUCUCUGGAUGAUGGACCCCAAAGAGAUCAGUGAGUGGCAGCAUGAGGAGUUUUAUCGCUAUGUAGCUAAGGCGUAUGAUAAACCUCGCUACACACUGCACUACCGUGCUGAUGCUCCCCUCAACAUACGCAGCAUUUUCUAUGUUCCUGAGAUGAAGCCAACCAUGUUUGACGUGAGCAGGGAGAUGGGCUCCAGAGUGGCUCUGUACAGCCGGAAAGUCCUGAUCCAGACCAAGGCUACAGACAUUUUGCCCAAGUGGCUGCGCUUCUUGCAAGGAGUGGUGGACAGUGAGGACAUCCCCUUGAAUCUCAGCAGAGAGUUACUACAGGAGAGUGCUCUCAUCAGGAAAUUGCGGGAUGUGCUGCAGCAGCGAAUCAUUCGUUUCCUGUUGGACCAGAGCAAGAAAGAGCCGGAGAAAUAUGCUCACUUCUUUGAGGACUAUGGGCUUUUUAUGAGAGAAGGCAUUGUCACCAGCACUGAGCAGGGUAUUAAGGAGGACAUAGCCAAGCUGCUCCGCUUUGAGUCCUCAGCAUUGCCUGCUGGGCAGCAAACCAGCCUCAUGGACUAUGCCUCGCGCAUGAAGGCAGGCACCAGGAACAUCUACUACUUGUGUGCUCCCAGUCGCCAUCUGGCUGAACACUCUCCGUACUAUGAGGCCAUGAAAAUGAAGGACAUGGAGGUGCUCUUCUGUUAUGAGCAGUUUGAUGAGCUAACCCUGCUCCACCUCCGAGAGUUCGACAAGAAGCAGCUGAUCUCUGUCGAAACCGACAUUGUAGUUGACCACUACAAGGAAGAAAAGUUUGAAGCCAACAAGCCAGCAUCAGAACAAUUAAGUGAGCAGCAUGCUGAGGAUCUAAUGGCCUGGAUGAGGAACUGUCUUGGUCAGAAAGUCACAAAUGUCAAGGUGACUCCUCGUCUGAACACUCACCCUGCCAUGAUCACAGUGCUGGAGAUGGGAGCAGUGCGACAUUUCCUUCGCACUCAGCAGCUGGCACGUAGUGUGGAGGAGAGGGCACAGAUCCUGCAGCCCACACUGGAGAUCAACGCUGGGCAUGACCUCAUCAAGAAGCUUCAUGUGCUGAAAGACUCUAAUCCAGAUCUUGCCCAGCUGCUUCUUGAGCAGAUUUUUGACAAUGCUAUGAUCACAGCUGGUCUGAAUGAUGACCCUCGGCCAAUGAUCUCUCGCUUAAAUGAUCUGCUGACCAAAGCCCUGGAGAAACACUGAGACCAGGACUGGAGAUUGGAGAGACCUGUCCUGAGGAAUACUUUGUUUUGCAUCAUCACAACACUAUAAAUGUAUUGAAUUUUCUAUCAUAGUUUGUCCUACACUUUGCUAUGCUAAAUCCCCAUAAAUGUCACCGGUCUUUGUUCAGAUUAACAGCUACUCAUCUAAGAGUAGUGUUAUUUUUUUCAUGGCUCAGAGUCAGAUGUUUGUUAUGGAAGAAUGUUCAGUGUAGUUCGGUGUAAUAUUGAUGUGUGUAGUAUUAAAGGACAAAGAUGAUGAGAGGACUCUUACUGCACAUAUCCACUUGCAAAUUUUGUUGCCAAAGCACUUUUUCUUCCAGCUUAUGGGCAUUUCUAUGCCAUUUCUUUUGCUUGCCUCCAUGCACCAGGCACAUUGAUUUGUAUAAUGUUUGGCUCUGCUGAACUUUUGCUGCCGCACAGUAAAACAGAUUUUGCAAGUCAUGCAAAACGUGGAUUCAGCAGAACUGUCCACUGAAAUGAAUGCAUAGUGGUUGCUUGUGGGAACAGUAUUUAAACCUGCAACAUCAGAUUCUGUUGAACUCUUGCCUUUAUUAUUGAUAUUGUUCUUUUGUCCUUACUUGUUUAUUCAUCAGCAGAAUUGUAAUAGCCAUUGUUUUUAUGUUUAAAGUUCAAAUCUCAGUUGCUUAUGAUACUCGCAAGACAUUUGUGACUGUUUAGAAGACGAAGAAGCAGUAAAACCUGGAGUUCCAAAACACACAAAAAUAUAGGGAAGGAAUGGAUUCACCAUAAGCAAUUGUAUGAAUGGGAUGAAAAAAAUUGAAAAAUCUAUUUACAAAAAAGUAAACUAAGGACAAAUAGUUAUUAUAUACAAUAACACUGCAGGGGCAAGCUCAUUUAAAAAAACUGUUGGUAUUAUUUUAACUGAUAAUGUUCUUUUGGAAUGAUCACAUUUUGUGCAAUUGUUCCACAUUUGCAUAUUUCCAAAUAAAUUGAAUAUUAAUUGUGUUUCUAUAAA